AUGUCGGUCAAUAUAACCUCCGUAAAAACAUCCUCCGAUGGAAUUUGGCAAGGUGAUAAUCCCCUAGAUUUUGCAUUUCCUUUGUUGAUUGUCCAAACCACUUUGGUUUUCGUUGUCAGUCGCUUCCUUGCCUUCCUUCUCAAACCCCUCCGGCAACCCAAAGUCAUUGCAGAGAUUCUGGGUGGAAUUCUUAUGGGGCCAUCAGCUUUUGGAAGAAACCAAGAAUACAUGCACCGAAUAUUUCCAAAAUGGAGCACACCAAUCCUCGAAUCAGUUGCAAGCAUUGGUCUCCUCUUCUUCCUCUUCCUAGUAGGUCUUGAGCUGGAUCUCAGCUCAAUCCGCCGGAGUGGCCGAAGUGCUUUAGGCAUAGCGGUAGCCGGAAUUUCUCUCCCCUUCAUCCUAGGCAAUAUCAUCGCCUUCGUCCUCCGAAAAGCCAUCGACGGAGCGGAUAAAGUCGGCUAUGUCCAAUACAUAGUCUUCAUGGGGGCUGCUUUAUCCAUCACAGCCUUCCCAGUUCUUGCGCGCAUUCUAGCCGAACUUAAAUUAUUGACCACUCGUGUGGGUGAGACCGCCAUGGCCGCCGCCGCUUUCAACGACCUCGCCGCCUGGAUCUUGCUCGCCCUCGUCAUCGCCUUAACCGGAAACGGCUCAGGUGGGACCCACAAGAGCCCAUUGAUAGCUAUAUGGGUUUUACUCUCAGGUGUUGCGUUUGUUGCUUUCAUGAUGGUUUUCAUCAGGCCAGCCAUGAAGUGGGUGGCUCGUCAAUGCUCGCCGGAGCACGAUACCAUCAACGAAGCCUAUAUAUGCUUAACCCUCGUUGGAGUAAUGGUGUCCGGGUUAUUAACUGACCUUAUUGGAAUCCAUGCAAUCUUUGGUGCGUUUGUUUUCGGAUUAACGAUACCUAAAGGCGGUGAAUUUGCUCAGAGAUUGAUAGAGAGGAUUGAGGACUUUGUGACUGGUCUGUUGCUUCCAUUGUACUUUGCUUCAAGUGGGUUGAAAACGAAUAUAUCUAAAAUAAACGGAGUGGAGGCGUGGGGGUUGCUGGUGCUGGUUAUCACGGCGGCAUGCGGCGGAAAAAUUAUCGGGACGUUUGUGGUGGCGAUGUUGUGUAGGAUACCGGUGAGAGAAUCCUUGGCGCUUGGUGUGCUGAUGAAUACUAAAGGACUGGUAGAGCUCGUUGUUCUCAACAUUGGAAAAGAGAAGAAGGUCCUUAAUGACGAAGUGUUUGCAAUAUUAGUCCUCAUGGCACUCUUCACCACUUUCAUGACAACUCCAACAGUGCUGGCUAUCUACAAACCAGCUCGCCACAACAUCUCCUCUUCCUCCUCCUCCUCCAGCAGUAGUCAUCGUCGGCUACAACCUGCCUCUGAAAGCGUCAAGGACGAGCUCCGAAUCCUCGCCUGCGUCCACGGUCUCGGAAACAUCCCUUCCCUCAUCAACCUCAUUGAGUCGACUCGGUCCGUUAACAAGUCCCGCCUCAAACUCUAUAUCAUGCACCUUGUCGAGCUCACCGAACGAUCCUCCUCCAUUGUUCUGGUCCAACGUCUCCAAAAGAACGGUUUUCCGUUCAUUAAGCGGUUCCGGAGAGGCGAGUUACAUGACCGAGUCGUCGUGGCGUUCCAAGCAUACGGCCAAGUCGGCCGAGUCAGUGUUCGAACCACAACUGCCAUAUCAGCAUUGCCAACGAUGCAUGAGGAUAUAUGCCACGUGGCGGAAGAUAAGAGCGUUGCUUUGAUUAUAUUGCCUUUUCACAAGCAGUGGAAAAAAACUAACGGUGAUGAUGAAGUGGUCAAUCUGGGCCAUAGCUGGAGAGAAGUUAAUCAGAGGGUGCUAAAGGAUGCACCUUGUUCGGUGGCAUUGCUUGUGGACCGUGGAUUUGGUGGUGGGUUCCAGAAAACUCCAGGGCCCACUGCCAACGUGGCACAAAGGGUCUGUGUUAUUUUCUUCGGUGGGCCCGACGACAGGGAGGCUUUGGAGUUAGGUGGGAGGAUGGCUGAACAUCCCGCCGUUCAAGUGACGGUUAUAAGGUUCAUUGAGAAAGAAGGAAUUGAGAUUAACGGAGUUAUAUUACGGCCAUCACCGAAUAAAUGUGGAGAAGAGAGCUGUAGCUGCUCAACUUCUCUCAUGAAUCGGGAAAAGGAAAAGGCAAUCCCUCUAUCUCUCUCUCAUGGCCAGCAUAUUGGACAGGCCAGACAUUCAAAUAAGAAACAAAGAAGAAAAGUAGAAGCUGGCAGUAGUCAUCGUCGGCUACAACCUGCCUCUGAAAGCGUCAAGGACGAGCUACGAAUCCUCGCCUGCGUCCACGGUCUCGGAAACAUCCCUUCCCUCAUCAACCUCAUUGAGUCGACUCGGUCCGUUAACAAGUCCCGCCUCAAACUCUAUAUCAUGCACCUUGUCGAGCUCACCGAACGAUCCUCCUCCAUUGUUCUGGUCCAACGUCUCCAAAAGAACGGUUUUCCGUUCAUUAAGCGGUUCCGGAGAGGCGAGUUACAUGACCGAGUCGUCGUGGCGUUCCAAGCAUACGGCCAAGUCGGCCGAGUCAGUGUUCGAACCACAACUGCCAUAUCAGCAUUGCCAACGAUGCAUGAGGAUAUAUGCCACGUGGCGGAAGAUAAGAGCGUUGCUUUGAUUAUAUUGCCUUUUCACAAGCAGUGGAAAAAAACUAACGGUGAUGAUGAAGUGGUCAAUCUGGGCCAUAGCUGGAGAGAAGUUAAUCAGAGGGUGCUAAAGGAUGCACCUUGUUCGGUGGCAUUGCUUGUGGACCGUGGAUUUGGUGGUGGGUUCCAGAAAACUCCAGGGCCCACUGCCAACGUGGCACAAAGGGUCUGUGUUAUUUUCUUCGGUGGGCCCGACGACAGGGAGGCUUUGGAGUUAGGUGGGAGGAUGGCUGAACAUCCCGCCGUUCAAGUGACGGUUAUAAGGUUCAUUGAGAAAGAAGGAAUUGAGAUUAACGGAGUUAUAUUACGGCCAUCACCGAAUAAAUGUGGAGAAGAGAGCUGUAGCUGCUCAACUUCUCUCAUGAAUCGGGAAAAGGAAAAGGCAAUCCCUCUAUCUCUCUCUCAUGAGCUUGAUGAGAGAGCAGUGGCUGAGUUCCGAAGGAGGUGGGCAGGGAUGGCGGACUACAUAGACAAGGGGGGAAGCAACAUUGUCGAGGGGGUGUUGGCAAUAGGCAGAAGCGGAGACUACGACCUCAUAAUAGUUGGAAAAGGCCGGCGUCCCUCAAUCAUGGUGGCAGAUCUGGUCGAUCGCCCAGCCGAGCAUGCCGAGCUAGGGCCUAUAGGAGAUGUCUUGGCCUCAUCAGGUCAGGGCAUUGUGUCUUCUGUGCUUGUGGUUCAACAACAUGAUAUGGUGUCAUGCAGAGGAGAUCCCACUGACCAAGAUUGUCCAAAGUGAGGAGAACACAAUCAAGUCCCACGAGCCAUAUAGUGUGGUUUAGAAAUGGCACCUAUGAGUUUAAGUGACAAGAAAUAAUUGGUAUGUAUAUGAUUGCUAAUGCAAUUCGUUUCUAUCCAGAGAAUAUUGGAGACUUGUAGUUAUGAUCGUAAUUUAUGUGAUUUCUUUCUCCAUCUUUGUCAUUCUCUUCUCAAUGUUGGAGAGAGAAAAAGAGAUCAUCUACUCCAAC